AUAGCAACGCUUUCAGCACUUCCUUUCCUAAGGCCUUCUUAGUUCAGCGACCCCCAGGCCUCCGUCCGCCCGAGGACCUCGCUGUUUGGAUGGGCGCGGAUUUGCACUUCUGUCUUAAGAGAGACAGAGCUCUGGCUUUGUGUUGGGGGAACAGGUUAUCAGCGAGUCAGAUCACUGGGGGAGGGACGGCCACAAAGAACGUUUAUUUAAGGAAAAAUACAUUUCAAGACUUUUAGAGCAACUUUUGAUUUCAAAGAACCUCUCCAAAUUCCGGGCAAAGAGGGCUGGAGGGUGGGAAAAUCCUUUUAGUGCAAACUCCACAUAACAAAGAGGAGACUGUCCAUCAAGGACCCCCCACGGAGUCAUCUGGGACCGAAGAUGUUGGACAGGAUUGCCCCGGCUUUUCAGGACCUGUGCAGGCAGGUGCUGCCCACUCUGCCUUCGCUGAGCCAGGAGGAAGUCUCUACCAUCUGGGGGAAUGUGUCAGAAUUUGUGGAAAAGCAGCUAGCUAUGCAUAAGGGAGUUCAGAUUUCCGGACUCGGAACUUUCACCUUCACGAGGCAGAAGCUCGAGGUGGGGAACCACAAGUUUAUUCUAGUGCAGAGGCCCGUGUUUAUCAUGGCGGAGAAGUUAGUGCAGACCCACGGACUCAAGCAGAACAAAGUGUUCUCUCCUGGUGAUAUCCCAGUUGUCCCACUUAAUUUUGUCAUGAUAUCCCUGGAGGGACCAUUUAACAGGGACACGAUUGAAGGAUGCGUCAGGGAGACAUUGCUUUUCUUAUCGCGAUCCAUAUCUGUCAAACAAACCGUGGAGUUCACAUUCAAAGGAAUUGGGGUCCUUUCCAUCAGAGACAGCAAAGUGAAGAUGAAAUUUUACAAGGACUUCCUUUGCUCGAUGGAUGGAAGUGGCACCUUGACCAAAGCCCUGGCAAAUAGGCCUGGCACCAUGGACUCAGUGCUGUCGAGCAGAGAGGGCUUUGGAAAGCGUCCCAACAGUGCUCUGGCUUUUCCAAGGAUUGAGCACAAAGAGACAGAGAACAAACCAGCCAUGGAGGUCAUUGCCGAGGAAGGUGGAGAGAACAGACCAAGGAAGAUCAAGUUGAAAGACCCGUCAGACAAAGAGGAUGGAGCCAGGGAGAUCUCGUCACCCAAGAAACACCGUGAUAGGCAGUCCAUCUCUCCUGCCAAAGUGACAAGCGUCAGCCUGCUGGACAAGCUGGAGCGAGGCGGGAGCGGUGGGAAGACCGUGACCUCUGAAAAUAUACCAUCUCCAAGUUGUCAGAGGAAUGACAACGAGAAGCCCAGGACAUCUCCUGCCCCGGUGUGCCAGGAUCAUAAUAAGGCAGGACAGGAAAUGUGCUAUGUGUGUUUGCAACGAGCGCAGCGGAAUUUCCCGCUGUACCAUGGAGACGAGAGGAGGAGGAGAGAGAUGGAGGACGAGCGGCUCAUGCAGCAGUACCAAAUUCUGAAAGACCAGGAGGCUUUCUUUAAAAACCAGGUGAAAAGUAUGGCUGCUAGGGAGCAGAAUCAGAAAAACGCUGCCUAUAAUCUCGGGGUCGCUGAAGCCAUAAGGAAUCACAAGAACGAGAAACCCGAGUUUUAUAAAUCCUUUCUAUUUGAUAAACGACCUCUUAGUCCUGAGAUUAAUGCUUUUAAGCAAGAGGAAUAUUCCCAGAGUCUCCUGAAACAAAUGGAAAGCAAGCGGGAGAAGGAAAUAAAGCAAAGACAGAACAGGGAGUUGAUGGACCGCUUGGAACAAGUUCAGCUCACGGAGGAACUGGCUGCACAGAGAGCCCAGUACCUAAAAGAGAAGAUGGAAGAAAUGCAGUACUACAAGACAGCGUUGGAUGCACAGGUGAAGAACAAACCCUCCCAGCUGCCCAUGUUUGAGCCCGAUUCUGCUGAGCCCAUCUUUGGUAAGAACGAGGGCGAGAUGGAGGUGGAAAAGCGGAAGCGGGAGCAGAGUUGCAUGAAGCACCAGAUGGAGGCGGCUGCCAGCCUCAAGAGGAAUGCCAUCCUGAACCAGCUGCUGGACCAGAGGCGAGACCUGCAGAUGCUGCAGAGGACGCAGCGAGAGCACUUGGCAGACAGAGCUGCAGAGCUGGAUCGGGUGAACAGGAUCAACCAGUGUUUGCAGGAGGACUGGGACAGGAGCCUGUCCAUGAAGAAGCAGCGGGACCUGGAGGAGAAGGCCUUUGAGCGGGCUUCUGAUAAGCUGUUCCUCUUGGACCAGUGUGAGAAGUACCGGCGCUGCAGGCAGUGCCAGAGGCGCACCUCCAACGUGGGUGAGAGCAACGUGUGGCCCCUGAACAAGUUCCUGCAGGGGUCGCGAUUGCUCGUGUAGAACUCAAAGUUUGAAACUACGCAUUCUGAGGAACGUUUGUUUGAAGUGGUUGAAUAUUUAGAGUGUGUAUUUUUGUACCCCGGAGGAAAAAACUGAGUGUUUUCAAACCUUUU